GGCCCAACUUACAUAGGAAAGAAGAAAUACCUGCACGGACAAAUCUUCGACGUCCGCCGCAGAGUACACGCAUACACACACCGACACUUGCACUCACGCGCCUCACAGCAUGGGUCUCGGUAGUUCAAAAACGGCCGUAUCGCCGCCGCCAGCGCUCUCCCCUGAGACGGUCGAGCAACUAUGCGAGGAGGCCUACACGGCCGGGGUCACUGACGCGGAUGUGUACCACACGGCGCAACGGGAGGCCAUACAGCGGCAAGACGCCGGAGUGGGGAUGGCGGCGUGUCUGCUGAGUGCGUGGCUCGCCUACCUGUGCGGCCGUGCCAGCGGGACGCGUGUCGUCGAGGAGGCGGCUGACCUCCGCUUCGGUGCGCAACAGAGGACGCUGGACAAAGUGAACAGCGACCUGGCCGCCGUGAGGGAGGAAAACAAGGGUCUCAUGUCCAUACGGCAAGAGCAGCAGAUGAUCAUCGCGCAGCAGCGCAGUGAGCUGCAAAGAGCGGCACAGCAGCGGAAGGCGAUGCAGCUGUCGGUGCAGAUGCUGAAACGGCGUAACGUGUCCGUGCGGAGGCAACUGCGUGGCUUAACAAACUCUAUCAACGCAAUUCAACGUCAAAUGCUUGUUGGCAUGGUCGGCGCCGGCGUGUUGCUGCUCGCAGUGGUGUGGAGAACACGCCCGUUGCGCCGGGGCCGCCACCAGCCGCCGGUGACGCAGCUGCCCGAGGUGGUGGAGAGCGUUACGUCCGCUCCAAUUGCGGAGGAAUAA